UUUGUGAUAUUGAUAGGAGGGAGGGGGCAGCCGACAGUCUGGCAGCGAUUUUGUGUUUUCUCAUCCGCUGCAAACAAGUGUGUGCCUCAACAAAAAACGUAGUCAUGUUAUUGUCCUAAAUUCGCUGCUCCGCUGUACAUAGUUGCAGUUUGUUUCCUUGUUUCUGUUCCAUCACCGCGCCAUCACGAUCGCAAUAGCAUCAUCCGGUUUCUAAGCGGUAAUCUGAAGCCGUCGUGCCCGUGUGUUCUGAAACGCCGAUACGAUGGCUACCAGCAGCGAUAGUGUUAAGCUGGAGAAACAUCUGAAGCUGCUGAAGGAGGAGUACACAAAGCUGCAGAAGAGCUAUGCCGAGCUGGAGCGCAAAUACAGCCAGGCGGCGGCAGCGAACGAAGACCAUGAUUUGUCCGGCGAGUUUAGCAGCUUCAUAUCGCGGCUGGUUAUGACCGUGGCCACCCUGUACGGCCGAACGACGUACUCGGAUAUAACGAUCAAGCUGAAGGACAAAACGAUGCCUGCCCACAAGUUCGUGCUGAACGCGCGCAGCGAAGAGUGGCGGGAAGAGGUUCUGAUGGACAAAAGUGAACUAGAUUGGUCCGAUAUGGAUGCGGAUGUGGGGUACGCGUUGCUUCGCUGGAUUUACACCGAUGUGGUCGAUCUGCAGCAUGACUCGCUCGCCCUGGAGCUGCUAAAGACGUCCCACCGCUUCAAGCUGCCCGGUUUGAUGGGCCUGUGCGAACGUGCGCUCGUAUCAUCCGUAUCGGUGCGUUCCUGCGUGCGCUUUUACUGCGUGGCGGAAGAGGUGGGUGCGGCGAACCUGCUGGAAUACUGUUCCGGUCUCAUCUCCACGCACUGGGACGACCUAACGCCCCAGGACUUUGAGCACAUGUCCGGUGCGCUGCUGUACAAAAUGCUUAAAAGCAAAACGAAACAUCCGCUCCACGCUGCCGUCCGGUUGUUGCGCGAGGACGUUGUGUUUUUGUGCUUAGUGGAAAACAACGGUUCGCUACAAGAAAUCGUUAACAGCCUAUCGCCGCAGGGCCAGCUACCGCUAGGGCUGGCCCUGAUGGGUCGCAGCACGGCCAUCGCCCAGACGCUGCUCGAGACCGGUGGGGCCGAUAUUAACGCAUACACUACGGAGGGCAACACGCUACUCAUCGAUGCGAUCAAACGUGGCGACAGCUUUACGGCACAGUUUUUGCUCGAGAAAGGAUGCAACGUAGAUCUGGUGACGCGGGACACGUCCGACACGGCGCUACAUCUCGUGUGCACAUACGCCGAACGUAGCACGGAUGCGGAAACGCACCGCGAAAUGCUUAGCAUCGGCCGGCAGCUGCUGAAGCAGCAGGCCGAUCCGAACAUGCAAAACAGCAAGGGCUACACCCCGCUCCACGUGGCCAUCAUGUCGCAGCACGUGGAGAUGAUCGACGAGCUGCUGACGGAGGAUGGCGCCGACGCUGGUUCGUGCGUGGAUACGAACGUGCGAACGAAGGAUGAAAAAUGUGCCUUACAGCUGGCACUGAUGCCACCGCACACGGAUGGGCCACCGUAUGAGCUGGCCCGCCGCCUGCUGGAGCGUGGAGCCCGCCCGAACGUCAUCCACCCCGAGACGGGCGACAGUUUGCUGCACAGCCUCGCUAAGCAGCAGCUGGAGGAGGCCGCCGUCUUUCUGACCGAUCACUGCAACCUUAGCCAUAUCAAUCGGGCCGGGCUAACCGUCCUGCACGUGGCUGCCUCCCAGGGGCUGGCCAAUCUGACCCGUGCACUGCUGGAGAAGGGCGCACCGCCGAACGUGCAGUCCGGUGUGACGGAGCUGAAAACGGCCCUGCACUACGCGGUGGAAGAGAACUGCGCCGCCGUGGUGGAAGCGUUCAUUGCGCACAAGGAAGCCGAUCCCACAGCCGGGACGAUCGAUUUCAACGUGAAAAACGCUUUCGGCGAUUCGCCGCUCAGCUUGGCGCUCUGUCUCGGGUACAACGAGCUGGUGCCGCUGCUCAUCAAGGGCGGCGCGGACGUGAAUGCGCGCAACGGGCAGGACAUGACGCUACUGCACCAGGCGAUCUUGAAGGAGGACGCAAAGACGGCCGUGUUUCUGCUGAGCCAGGGUGCGGACAUGAACGCACUGACCGCGGACCAGGAAUCGCCGCUGCAGCUGUCCAUCCACUGCCGGCUGGUGGACGUCGUGGAUGCGCUCUGCUCGCGGGGCGUAUCGCUCAGCGCGCCGGACAAUAAGGGCGACUGUCCGCUAUGGAGUGCGCUCGAGUCGGAACAGUUCGAGAUUGCCGCGGUGCUGGUGCGGCACGGCGUCGACACGGACUGUUGGGGCCCCGGGCCGGACGGAUGCUUGCAAACGCUGCUGCACCGUGCGAUCGACGAGAACAAGGAGCAGGCGGCCGUGUUUCUGAUCAAGAGCGGGUGCGAUCUGGACUCGCCGCGUCAGCCCGGCCCGCAGGGGCAGGGCGGCGACGAGGCAAAGGAUAAGGCGUCCCCGCUGCAUCUGUGCUGUCAGUGGGGCCUGCGGAACGUGCUGCACACGCUCAUCGGGCACGGUGCGAACGUGAAUGCGGUCGACUGCGAUCUGAAGACGCCGUUGCACGUUGCGAUCGAGAACCAGCACGAGGAGAUCAUCGGCAUACUGCUGUGCCAUCCGGGCAUCGAUCUGAAGAUACGCGACAAGACCGGCAACACGCCGUUCGCGGCCGCGCUGCAGGUGCGCAACAACAAGGCGGCCCAGAACAUUCUCGAGCGGUUGCCGAACGCGGCGGAGCAGAUCGACCAGCGGGGCCGCAACUUUCUGCACCUGGCGAUCAUGCGGGACGAUCUGGAGUCGGUGCUGUUUCUGCUGUCGAUACAGGUGGACGUUAAUUCGCGCGUGCACGAUGUGAACCAGACGCCGCCGCUGCACCUGGCGGCCGCCUCCGAGAAGGAAAUGCUGAUCCGCAACCUCAUCCUGGCCGGGGCGCGGCUAAACGAUCGUGAUGCGACGCAAAAAACGGCCCUGCACGUGGCAGCGGAGCGGGGUACGGUGGGCGCGGUGUCGGCCCUGCUCCAGAACGGGGCCGACUUCGAUGCGGUCGAUGGGGACGGCAACAAUGCGCUGCACAUUGCGGUGCGCGAAGGCCACGUGGCGGUCGUGCGGGAGCUGCUGACGGAGUCGGAGCUGAACGCGGAAACGGUCAACCUGAAGGGGCGCAAUCCGCUGCACGAGCUGUGCCGGUGCGGCAAGGACAAUACGGCCGCGGCGAUCCUCGAGCUGUUCUUCGAGUGUAUGCCAAAGUAUCCGAUCAACAAUCCGGACCUGCAGGGCAACACGCCCCUGCUGCUGGCGUAUAUGCGCGGCCAGGCGCAGCUGUGCCGCAUGCUGGUGAAGAACGGUGCCUGCCUGGGGGCGGAGAACAAGGAGGGGCUGACGAUAUUUAACUUUAAGCUAGCGACCAACCAGCUGCUCCACCGUCUGCUGGACGAGCUGCCGCAGGAAUCGCCCUGGGCUUCGUCGGAGCUGUGCCAGGAGUGUGGCACCAAGUUUAGCAUCACGAUGCGGAAACACCACUGCCGUCACUGUGGAAGAAAUCUCUGCAGCCGAUGUUCGAACAACGAUGUGCCGAUCAUUAAGUUUGGCAUCAACAAACCGGUCCGCGUCUGUUCGGUGUGCUUCGAGGUGUUACAGAUCGGAAGCGGUGUCGUUUGAAAUUGUUAUGCAAUUUUGAGCGACCGUUUCGGUAGCAGUUUACGACGCGCGGAAGCGGAACUAUGGUUAUCACAUGGAUGGACGAUUUGUAACGCAAUAAUCUGACCAACUACUCAACGUGCGAGCGCGCGUUCCCUUGAUGCGUGCGGUGUAAAAGUCCUCUUGAUCCCUAAAAAAUCAAGAACAUUCUUUACUUUUCUUCUAGCUGUUAUUUUUGAAAGUAACUUUUCGUUAUGCAUAUGGAAAAAAAGAUUAUUUAUAUACAUGUAACACACGAGAGUGGAAGUUUUUCCAUACAUCAAUAUCAACACGUACAAGAUUUAAAACGAA